GGGAGGGAAGCCUCCACCGGGACUUCAUUUGGAUGUUGUGAAAGGGGACAAGCUUGUCGAGGUUGUCAGGCCCUCAGAGGUCAGCAGACAGGACCUUGGUUUCCUCCCUCUGCAGCCUACUUGCUGCUUGUGGCCUGCCGUGUCUUGCUGAACAGACAAAUGUUAGCAGCUGAGCAUCUGCUGAAGGUACCUGCAACUGUCAGGAUCCCAGGAGACGUGAAGAUAAGAAACUCAUCAUUGAUGAGAAAAAAUAUUACCUCUUUGGAAGGAAUCCUGACAUAUGUGAUUUUACCAUUGACCACCAGUCCUGUUCAAGAAUCCACGCUGCAUUAGUCUAUCACAAACAUUUGAAGAGAGUUUUCAUCAUAGAUCUGAACAGUACUCACGGUACAUAUCUGGGCCGCAUUCGUUUAGAACCCCACAAACCACAGCAAGUUCCUAUAGACUCCACGCUGUCAUUUGGAGCCUCAACACGAGCGUACACACUACGUGAAAAACCACAGACAAUGCCCUCUGCGGUAAAGGGUGAUGAAAAUGCUGUGGAAGAUGAUGAACUAAAGGGCUUGUUGGGUUUGCCUGAAGAGGAAACAGAACUUGAUAAUCUGACAGAAUUCAAUACAGCUCAUAACAAAAGAAUAUCAACGCUGACAAUUGAAGAGGGGAAUUUGGAAAUACAGAGACCAAAACGUAAAAGGAAAAGCUUCAGGGUGUCAUUCAGUGAUGAUGAAGAAAUAAUAAACCCAGAGGAUGUUGAUCCUUCAGUUGGUCGCUUCAGAAACAUGGUUCAAACAGCUGUAGUUCCACUCAAGAAGAAGAAGACAGAAAGCCCCAGUUCACUGGGUUUGGAAGAUGGAGUUGCUAGGCGUAUACAGAAUUUCCCAUUCAAUGCUGGUUUAUAUGGUGGCCUCCCUCCAACUAGUGGCGACUCUGCAUCUCAGCUACACGGCAAUACAAUGGGCACGGCUAUGAUAGGAGGACUCCCUAUGCCAUUCCCAAAUCCUGCUCCUGAAGUGGACUUGGCACCAGCUGUGGUACCAGCAUCUGUGACUAUAAACCCCGUUUCAAACCCAGGCGUGUUCAAUGCAGAAUCUGUUAAUGAACCGAAGAAAAAGAAAUAUGCCAAGGAAGCCUGGCCUGGCAAGAAGCCUACUCCGUCAUUGCUUAUUUGAUAACCAGUUUUUUUAUAUAUAAAAAUGAAAUAAAGUCACCUAGGAUUUAAGGACCAAGAGGGGCUUUCUUUUAAUUUUGUUAAUAUGCCCAAAAAUUUUUACAAGCUUUGUACAGAUGUUUGUACAUUUGUGUAAUAGGUUUGGCCUUUCCAACAUAUACUGUUAUUGCUUUUUACUUCUAACCUGUAUUUCAGUGUAAAAUACAUUUGGCAUUGCCACUUUGUUAGACUAAAGUCACAUAAACUAUUUUUCUGCCAUGUGUGCUUUGUUUUCAUGUCUAGGUUAGGGUAAUAGAUGAGGCGUUUCACUAUUCUAUAAUUUGUUCUAAGUUUAGUUAAAAAUAAGAGAAGUAAAUAAGUAAUGUUUCCUGUACACUGCAGAAUUAGGUCAUUGAUUAACAUUCAGACUACAAAUUUUUUUUUAGCUAAUGUGACUGCUCUGGGGGGAAAACUGCAACACUCGAAUAGCAAAUUUACACUGUAGAUGUAAGAUGAAUAAACUCUUCUCAGGCUUCCUGCCAGGUACAAGUAUCAAUUUUAACCAACGUUUCAAUGACAGGCUCUGCCAUCAUCACCUAUUCAGCAGGAAACCCGAGAGGAGUUUAUUUGGCGUAUACGCCAGGAAAGCACUAGAUCCUUUUUCAAGUUUGCAAGAUGUUGUACCACAUCACACUAUUUUCCCUUUUUAAUGAUUUUCUCUGGUUACUUGAUACAUCAUAACUAUUUUACACUAUUCCAGCCUUGCCCAUUUUAAUCAUGUGUGAUUAUAUUUGAGAAUGAUGUGUACUAGUUGCAGAAUGCUAUUGACAUUUAAUCACUGGAACGCUAUUUUUCAAAUCAUUUUAAAGAAAAGUUCAGUCUAAAGACAGGUAAUGUUUUAUGGGCUUUGUAGUCUGUUUUUGUAAAGUGGGGCCAUUGUACUUGUGUUUAUUCUAAAGUGAUCAAUCAUGAAAUUAAAACUACUCGAUUUUUUUUGGGAAACAAGUUCCUCUGUAAAAAUUACCUACAUUGGUGUGUGCUGAAUAUGUAGAAUUACCCACAGUUCUUUGUAUUUAAAAUAUCUAAGCUGUCACCAAUGUGCCUUUUAAGUUGAGAAAUAGUGGGUUAAUUUUGGAGUAUUUACCUGCCCAUCAACUUCUUUUGGUGCUCCUCCCCCCUUCUCUUUCUUCCUUGAUCUUCUGUCCUCUCCUAUCAGAUUCCCCCUUCUCCAGCCCUUUAUCCCUUUCACCAAACAACUUCCCAGCUCUUUACUUCACGCCUUCCUCUUCUCCCGGUUUCACCUAUCUCCUGCCACCUUGUACAACUUCCUCCCUUCCCCCACCUUCUUACUCUGACCUCUCCCCUUCCUUUCCAGACCUGAUGAAGGGUCUCGGCCUGAAAUGUCGAAUGUUUACUCUUUUCCGUAGAAUCUACCUGUCCUGCUGAGUUCCUCCAGCUUUUUGUGUGCAUUUCUCUGGUGAUUUGUGUAGCUGAGAAGUAUGUUUUUUCCAUUUUUUAAAUUAACUUUUAAAUAUAGAUAGUGGUUUAAAAAUUGGUGUAUGUUGCCAAGAAUUCAAUCUAGGCCAUCACUCCUGUGGUCAAUGAUACACUCCUAGAGAUCGAAUCUUUCCAAUGAGACAUUAAGCCAAGAUGAAGCGCUGCAGGUAAAUGUGAGGGAUCCCUCUGCAUUAUUCCAAGAAGGGAUUGCAAUUUCUAUCAUCCUGGCAGAAUUUAUCCCUUGAACAUGAUCUGGUCACUUAAUUCAUUGCACUGUGAUGCUGACUCUCCGCAAAUUGCCUUCUGCAUUACUUCACAACAGCCACUUUGCUUCAGAUUUGUACCAUUGGUUGAUUUGGUUAUCCAUGCUACAUAAAUGCAAGUUUCUUUACAAACUUAGUUUUAAUAAAUACACUGAAAUCUCUUGCCUGUUUAGGGCAGCAAUGUAGAUCUUCCAUCUCUGGUGGUGUUCCUCAUGUCCGUAACUUCCUCUCGGUUUUCUCUACUGUCAUUCACCCAAGUCAGGAAUGCUGUUGCACUCAGAUGUAGCAGCGAUUCUUGAUUGCUGUUUCCAUAACAAUUUUGUUUUACCAGUCAGGGUUGUGGGCCCUGAGCUGAACCCCCGAACCUGGAGUAUCGGCGGAUUAGUUUUAACAAAUUUACUGAAAUAGAACUGCAGAACUAUCAAGUCAGCCGGUUGAAUUAAAUGAUCAGUCACUUUUUGAAGAUUGUUUUGUAUUUAAAACAAGCCAGGAUUGCCAAGACAGAUGUUUAGAAUUUAUUUUGAUUUUUCAUUAUCUUGAAAUCUAAUAUCUUUGGAAAUUAAUCAUUGUAGAUUGAGACUGCAGCUGUUGUAAAUGGACAAUUAAAAAGAUGGAAUUAUGAA